AUGGAAACUUCAGCUGAGUCCGCCCGGCCCCUCGCAUUGCUGCAGACAAUACCGUCGGAUGUACUCGAACUUUCGUCAAUCUGGCAACUCCUGCACGUCGAGCUCGUCCAACAGAUCCUUGACCACCUCAUCGAAGAUCUCCUUACCUGCUGCAAAGCCUCUGAGAUCUACUCGACCGCCGAAAAUUCUGCUAUCCUGGAGGAUGUCUGGUUCAACUUCCGACAUAAUGACCUCUUCAAAUCCCGGAAGUCACUUAUCGAGCGUCAUUUUCAUGAUCACUGGCUCAGCUGUGUGGAAGUCUCCAUUUACAUUGGCGGUCCAGGACAUAGCGGAUUCGAAUCCUGUUGCAGAUACACCCACGCCUCCCACGGGCACAAGUCUCUAGGUGUCUUACUUGAUCCUGAGCUGACUCCCAGCAACGACGGUAAUCCCGAGCUUGAGAAAGUCGUCUUCUGUCUCGCAGAGCUGAAUGCCACUCGCCGCGCUGACCUCGUUCGUAUGUGGGAUAAGGUCAUCAACGCGGGCGGAACUGAGUGCUACCCUCUUCAUAUUGCACCACCUCCGAACGGAGAUGGACAUCAUAGAUCUUUCAGCUCCACUGCACGGCGUCUGCUUGAAGACUGGGAGAUACUGGACGACGGUGAUCGCAUCAGGUUUCCCUGGAAGAAGUUGAUGACGAUGGUGCUCACCUACAUCAUGGGGCUAUGGAGGACAGAUGACAAGAAUGAAUCUACGGUGCCCCUGGGCACAUUGGAGUUAUGCAAUUUGGCAGUCAUUGCCGACGGAACUUGUGCGAGUCUCGACCACUUCAUCCAAGACAUCCUCGUCCCUUUUUAUCCCGGCUUCGAUCAAGAAGUAUUCCAAUCAGUCACAGGCAAGCCGAAGAUUGCCAUCGCCACCGCGGACCGCCUCUGCGAAAUCUCGGGAUCUCUCUGUCAAGAACCACUCUUCAUAUCCCAGAAGCGACUAAUCGAAAGACACUUCUUAACCAACUGGUCAACCCAAACGACCAUUUACCUCUUCCUUGACGACGCCUCAGACGAAUACAUGGAUCAGCACAGGAUGAAGUACUACCGCCGAUACUUGCACUUUCCCGACCUGGAGUUAACCUUUAACGACGGCAACGAUAAGGAUCCCAGCACCGAAAUAUGUCUAUCCUUACAUGUCGACCUUAUCCCUUAUGAAAAUGGCAACCUUGAGUCAGAAAAAGCCACCUUCUUCCUCCACGGCCCCAUCCUAGAAGUCUCCGACGUCGACUACUACCACGAAGAGUACGGUUUUGAUCCGCAGACUGUCUCCAACUUUGCCAGCGCCGUCCAUUUUGCCUGGGAUUUCGGCGCGGAGUCUCGAACUAGCGUGGACAUUCGUGGUCCUAAACAGGGGAAAGAUCAGACUUCGUUCAUUCGGGGUAAGGAUUGGUUCUUGCAUAACUCUACGAGACAUAGUGUCGAGUUGAAGGGUCUGGAGGUGCUAGAGGAUGGAAAGAGAAUUCGGUUUAGGUGGAGGGAGUUGGUGGAUGAUUUGGUGGAGAUGUUCGGUGAUCAUGAUGUCAUUGCCCAAAUGUGGACCAACAAACGGGUACUUUCACCGAUUUGGGGAGAGCUCCCUAUUGAACUCGUCCAGAAAAUCUUCAAUUCCCUCAUUGAAAGCUACAUCAGCGGCUGUUUCUUCGACGACAAAUGUACCUUCGACGAUGACGGACACCUUGUAGAGAUUUCCCCGAACUGGGCCUCCAUCGGCACUGCUAGGUCGCUCCAGGCCUGGGAGCUUCGCCACCAGACUCUCUUCAGGCGCCAGAGACAUCUUAUCGAGCGCCACUUCCAGGACGAAUGGCUGAGCAGGAUGACGCUCUACCUGUGCCUUGACGCCGAGUUUGACACUCCCUUUCUUCGCUACUUCCACUUUCCCGAGUCCGAAGAUUGCAUUCACACCAAAGUGAGGGUCAAACCCGACAAGAAGGCCACGUUCUUCCUCUACAGGCCUGAAUUGAGCGGGUUCGUCACCGAGGGAGACAUCACCCUGGAGGAAAUGAUGGAGGAUCUCGUCAACGCCUGGGACGAUUAUCGUGGACAGAGAACCACGAGUUACCUCAUUGUGGGAAUCCGUUCCAAGAGUCUGCAACGCGAGGAGAGAUACUGGAACCGGCUCAUGGACAUGUACAAUACGCCUAAGGGCGCUGUCAACCUGGAGGGAUUGGAGGUCUCUGAAGAUGGCAGGCAGAUCCGGUUCAACUGGGAGGAUUUCAUCACAGCCAUGGUGACUUGGCAACUCCACGAGUCAAUGAGGGCAGACUUGGCUGGGGAACUGUGA